AUGUUUACUCUCCAGCCCGUCGAAAGCAAGAAGAAGGCCCCCAAGGGUGUCUACGUGUGUCCGACCUACAUGUAUCCUUUGCGCACCGGUUCGCGAGAACGGCCUUCUUUCGUCAUUGCCGCGGAGCUCCGGGCGGGGAAGCACCCGUCGGAGUUCUGGACCAAGCGAGGUGUUGCCCUGCUCUUGUCUAUUGGCGUUUAGGUGUCCAGGCACUUCUUCGGCAGUCCAUUGGUGGUUUCCGUUGACGCGUUGGGGUUCUGGCCCCCUUCGCGGAUGCUCGGUUGAGACUAUAUUGUUGGGAUGUUUUUCAGAAGGAUGUUGGAAUGAAGAGUAAUGAGGUGCGGGAUCUUGAGAGGUCUACCCGUCUUAGAGCUGGAAUUAGGUUCAUGAGGAUAGGCUCCCGCUGCUCAAGGGUUGUACGGAGUGCGGUUGCAGGUCGUCGAAAAGUCUAGGAACCCUUCUUGCGAGUUACACGUCAGUAGCACUCGUCCGUGUUGCGCUUGGAUCGAUCUCACUUCUCGUCUUGCCACGGUCGUUGUGAACAAUGAAGUUCGUAUUAAAGAGGCAGUCGUACUCUCCAUCUCUUGCAGGCUCAGCACGAUU